AUGGGUGACCAAGCUUCAAAUAUUGGUAUUUCAAUUCCUCAAAUUGAAUCAUCUUUAAAACGACUUCAAAAAGUUAAGAAAUUACUUAAAGAAUAUCUACAUGAUGACGUCACAAGAAGUGAUUAUGAAGUUUCUAAUCUUUUAGACGAAGUUCGAGAAACAAAAAUUUGGCAGCACGCGGGAUACGAAAGUUUUUACAAAUUUUGUCAAGACAUUAUUGGACAAGAUAUUGUUAAUGUCACAAAUACUUUCAAAUUUGUUAAACAAAGUGUUUAUGCAGAUUCAAAUGCGAAACAUGAAAUCAGGAUAUUAAAACUUAAACGUAAAAUGAGAGAAUUAGAAUUAAGUGAAGGAAUAAUUGAUAAAAUUACUGAAUAUCCAAGGGAUGCUUUACAUUUGGUUAUUAGAUUUUUCAAUAGAUAUUCAAAUCACGAGAGACUUUCAAUAUUGGUUCAUAAUUUAGAUUGUCAAAUAAAUUUGCGGAGAAGUUUUAAAUAUAAAAUUAGAUCAAAGACAAAUAGGCCUAUCAAUAAGGGCGAUGUAAAAGCUGCAAUUAGCAUGGUCGAACGCAUGGAAAGUAGGCAAGCAUUAAAGAACAUGAAUCAGAAAGAAAAGCCUAGGAAAGAAAGUGAUAGCGAUGAAACUAUAAGAGAAGAGAUGGAUGAUUAUUUCACUGAUUCAGCAGAAUUGGAAAUUAUAGAUGAAACAACUGAGAAAGAUGAAUGUGACUGGUGCGAUUUGAUAGGUGUUGAUAUUCUGAAAUGUGGACAAUGUGUAAGUGGAAGGUGCGUCGAAUGUACGAUGAAAGAAAUCAGCAAGGAUCCUAAUAAUUUAGCUAUCGUAGAUAAAUUUUAUUGGAGUAUGCUCAGACGACAUGCAAAAGAAUCUGCAGAAAAAAUCCUUAAAAAAUAA